GGAAAGUGAUGCCACACCAUUAUUAAGAUUACUUUGGAAAAGGAUAAUGGAUGAAAAUCCUAAGGAUGUUAUUGAUAAGAUACUGAGAGGCCCCGUGCUCAAAGUCUAUAAUGUGGAAACAUACCCUUCUCAAGUUCUAUUUAUUGCUGCAAAAACGAACAACACGCAAUUUUUGGUUGAGCUGAUUCGCGAAUAUCCUGAUCUUAUAUGGAAGACAAAUGAUGAUGGACAAACUAUCUUUCACACUGCAGUUGCUCAUCGUCAUCACCAGAUAUACAGUCUAUUAUAUCUGAUUGGGUCAACGAAGGAUCUGAUAACUCCUGUCAUAGAUCAACAAGGCAAUAAUAUUCUACAUAUGGUUGGAAAGACUCCAGAGAAAGAUGCUUAUAAGGAAGUAAAGGGUAUGCUCCCUCCUCAAUAUAGAGAUGUAAAGAAUGAAGCAGGAAAAUCACCACAAGAACUUUUCACAGAGAAUCACGAGAAACUAGUAUCAGAAGGUAUGAAGUCGAUAAAUGAAUCAAUAAUAUAUCCAUGGUAGUAGCUGCGCUUAUAUGCACGAUAUCAUUUUCAGUAGUUUUUCAAAUUCCUGGUGGGUUUGAUCAAAACACUGGAUUCCCUAUGUUCCUGCACAAUAUCCAUUUCAAUCAGUUCGUACUACUUGAUAUUGGGUCGUUUAUCCUCGCUACGACUUCAAUCUUCAUUUUCCUAUUCAUCAUCCUUUCCGGUCAACACCAAGACAUGCAAAUUUUAUUUCUAUUAUGGGUGGCUGGUCAACUAGCACUUUUGGAAUCUGUAAUGUGCACAUUCGUUGCUUUUAUUAUUAGCUUUUUCAUUUUGUAUGGUAAAAGUGGGUGGGUGUAUAUGCUCAACGCUGGUGCUUAUCCGUUGGUCAUUAUAUACGGUGGUGUAUGCAUAUAUAUCGUCUUUGGAACGAUGAGAGGGACACUUCUUACCGGGUAUCUUUUUAGACCCAAAAACAAUGCGCUCUACCGUAAAAACUGAAAGUUCCAAAAGUUUUUGUUGUGAUCAGUUUUGAAUCUCAAGUUCUAUUUGAAGUUGGUUCUUUCUUUAAUGGUCAUUUAUUACAACUUUUCAAGUUAAGUUAGUUCUU